AAUCUCGAAAGCCCCCCCUCCCCCUCCCCCCCCCCCCAGACGGGCGGAGCAGAGAGCGUGUACGCGCGAGAUAAAGAUCGAUCUUUUCGGGGCGGAGCAAUUUGGACCCGCGAAUGGCUUCGUCGACGCCGCCGCACUGCUCCCUCACCGCGUCGAAGCCGUACCAGAACCACCCUUACCCCCAGAAGAACCAGCGCCAGAACCCCAACCAGCACCGCCACCCCCACCCCCACCAGCACCAGCAGCACAGCCGGAGCAACCCCAGGUGGACCGCCGCGCACAAGGUCGCCCUCGCCAAGCCCCCGCUGCCGUCGCCGCACAGCCCGGCCGCCCAGCCGCCCUCCGCCACCGCCGCGGCCACCGCGGCCGCGACCGCCAACGCCGCCGAAGACCCUUCCUUUCCCUCCCUGUCCCCUCUGAAUGCCCCGAAAUCGGAUCUUGGGCCGGAGUUCUCGGGCCGCCGGUCGACCCGGUUCGUGUCGAAGAUGCCCGUCGGCCGCCCCAAGACUGUCGUCGGCGCCCGCCGCACCUCCGUCGCUGACGAGGCCCUUCAGCACGCCAUUCGGUAUGGUAAGGAUGAGAAGGGUCUCGAGAAUGUGUUGCUUACCUUUGAGUCUAAGCUGCGUGGGGCCGAUGAUUAUACUUUCUUGCUGCGGGAAUUCGGCAAUAGAGGUGAGCAUUUGAAGGUUCUUCAGUGUUUCCAGUUUGCGGUGCGGAGAGAGAGGCGUAAGAAUGAGCAGGGGAAAUUGGCUAGUUCUGCGAUAAGUAUUCUUGGUAGGCUUGGGAAGGUUGACCUCGCGAGGAGUGUGUUUGACACAGCUUUCAGGGAAGGGUAUGGUAAUACCGUUUAUGCAUAUUCUGCUCUGAUUAGCGCGAUUGGCCGUAAUGGGUAUUGCGGUGAGGCGAUUAAGGUUUUCGAGACAAUGAAGAACAAUGGGUUGAAGCCGAAUUUGGUCACUUUCAAUGCAGUGAUCGAUGCAUGUGGUAAAGGGGGUGUGGAGUUAGACAAGGUAUUGUGUAUUUUUGAUGAGAUGUUGAAGAAUGGGGUACAGCCCGACAGGAUAACUUAUAACUCUCUUCUUGCGGUUUGCAGCCGUGGGGGUUAUUGGGAGGCGGCAAAUAAUUGGUUCAAUGAGAUGGUGGAUAGAGGGCUUGACCAGGAUAUUGUCACGUAUAAUACGUAUCUGGAUGCUUUAUGCAAAGGUGGUCAGAUGGAAUCAGCUUUGGAGAUCAUGGCGCAGAUGCCCGCAAAGAAUAUCAUGCCCAAUGUAGUCACUUACAGUACGAUGGUCGAUGGGUACGCAAAGGCUGGGAGGUGUGAUGAGGCAUUGAGUAUCUUUAAUGAUAUGAGGUUUUUAGGUAUUGAUUUGGAUCGGGUAUCAUAUAAUACUUUGCUCACGACAUAUUCGAAGCUCGGUAAUUUUCCGGAGGUUGUGGAUAUUUGUAGGGAAAUGGAUUAUUGUGGCGUUGAGAAGGACGUUGUAACUUAUAAUGCACUCUUGGGAGGGUAUGGCAAGCAGGGAAAGUAUGAUGAUAUGACGAGAGUGUAUAAGGAGAUGAAAGCAGCUCGAGUGUGCCCGAAUCUGUUGACCUACUCGACCCUGAUUGAUAUGUACUCAAAAGGUGGCUUGUACAGGGAGGCCAUGGAUGCUUUUAAAGAGCUUAAGCAGACUGGGUUGAAGCCUGAUGUUGUCCUUUAUAGUGCACUAAUUGAUGCCCUGUGCAAGAAUGCAUUGGUUGAAUCUGCUGUUUCUUUACUUCAUGAGAUGACAAGGGAGGGUAUAAACCCUAAUGUUGUCACCUACAAUUCUAUAAUUGAUGCUUUUGGUAGAUACAUGACUGCUGAAGCUGAAUUUGAUGGCAAUGGACCUUCAUAUCCAUUGCUUAUCGAGGAUCUUACAGAGAACAAAACAGCAGAUGCGAAAGGAGAUAGCCGAAUCAUGAAGUAUUUUGGGCAGCUGGCAUCUGAGAGGGCGGGCUCAUCGAAGAAAGACAGCAGAGGCAGUCAGGAAAUUCUUUGCAUUCUGGGAGUGUUUAAGAAGAUGCACGAGCUAGAGAUCAAACCUAAUGUCGUCACUUUUUCUGCUAUUCUGAAUGCAUGCAGCCGAUGUAAUUCCUUUGAAGAUGCUUCUAUGCUUUUGGAGGAACUUCGCAUGUUUGACAAUCAAGUCUAUGGUGUGGCGCAUGGACUUCUGAUGGGCUACCGGGAGACUGUCUGGGCUCAAGCCCAAUCCCUUUUUGAUGAAGUGAAACACAUGGACACUGCAACUGCAUCUGCCUUUUAUAAUGCUCUCACCGAUAUGCUUUGGCACUUUGGUCAGAGACAUGGUGCCCAAUUGGUUGUACUUGAAGGCAGACGUCACCAAGUGUGGGAUAAUGUCUGGUCAGAUUCUUGCCUAGAUUUGCACCUGAUGUCUUCGGGGGCUGCUCGGGCCAUGGUUCAUGCAUGGUUGCUGAACAUACGGUCUAUUGUAUAUGAAGGUUAUGAGCUGCCUAAACUGCUGAGCAUUUUGACGGGAUGGGGCAAGCACAGUAAAAUAGUGGGCGACGGUGCACUUAGACGAGCCAUCGAGGCCCUCCUAACUGGCAUGGGCGCACCCUUUCGGCUAGCCAAGUGCAACAUAGGUAGGUUCAUAUCGACGGGUUCUGUAGUGGCUGCUUGGCUGAGAGAGUCUGGCGCACUUAAGGUUCUUGUACUUCAGGAUGACAGAAGUCAUCCCGCAAGUGGCCGGAUUCAUAAAAUCUCGGAUUUGCAAACGCUGCCCUUGUAGCCUAUCUGUAUUAUCUGACCUUUCGGUGUUAGUUGUUAAUAAUCCUUGUAAAUUAUGAACUUGAGCGACUUCUCCAACUUCAAUUCUCCUUGAACCUGUGCUGGCGUUCGGAACACUGUCGGUUUCUGGAGUUUAAAACAGUUUCUGUAGUUAAAUUGCUGUCUUAAUAAGUUGAAACUUCUGAGUGUAGAUUAUAUUUUUUGGUUGGAUUCUUUAAUUAGAAUCAUUUGCCUUUCA